AAUUACAGAGAUAAGGAAAGUAGUUUCACAAUUUUAUGUCCAUUCAUGGAAGGAAACGACAAAAACAUAAGAGAACUCGAGAGAACCCAGAUAUCUCUUUUUAUUCACAAAAACAUUGGAAUGUCUAGAAUAAUCAAAGGAAAAUUGAUCAAUAUAUUUAAAAAAACACUUAAUAUGAGGGAAG